AUGUCCACCAAGGUGCCCAUCUACCUGAAAAGGGGCAGCAGGAAAGGGAAGAAGGAGAAACUCCGCGACAUCCUCUCCUCCGACAUGAUCAGUCCGCCUUUGGGGGACUUCAGGCACACCAUCCACAUCGGCAGCGGCGGGGAGAGCGACAUGUUUGGCGACAUCUCCUUCCUUCAAGGCAAAUUUCAUCUCCUCCCCAGGACCGAAGGAAGCCUCGAUUCCGACAAGGACAGCCCCGAGGCGACGCCGUUCGAGUUCUCCAGGACGGCCACCAUCUCCGGUCGCGAGCAGCCCUCUUCGGAGACAUCUUCUCCCCUCCUUAAAAACGCCAUCUCUUUACCCGUCAUCGGGGGACCACAGGCUUUGACGUUGCCCUCGGCGCAAGCCCCGCCCAAACCGCCGCGCUUGCACCUCGAUGACAAAACGCCGCCGGCGCGAAACCGGGAGGAGGAGGAGGAGGAGGGAGGCAGGAGCGCCGUCCCGCUGCCGCAUCCCUGCGCCUCGCGUUUCGCCGCCCCGACCAACGGCUUCGCCGAGGAGAAGGGCGACGCCGAGCCGCCCUUCCUCUCCCACGCCGGCUCCCUCCUCUCCCUCCAUGUGGAUUUGGGGCCCUCCAUUUUGGAGGACGUCCUGCAAGUGAUGGAGAAACACCAAGCAGAGCGAACGGGUGGAUCUCUACAGGAUUCGGGCCGGCAGGAAAUCUUGACGUGA